UUACAACCAAGUAAUUUUGGAAUUUCCGAUUUCCUGCUUGCACUUAAACGCAGCAGUGUUGACUUUGCCUUCUCAUGAUGUCGUACAGCAAAACCACACAGAGCCAAAACCUGCAGCCGUCAUGCCUUCAUAUAUCCUGGGUUUAGACGUGGGGACUACCUCGAUUAAAGCGAUUUUAUUAGACAGAGACUCCAGAUGUGUGGCUGCGACUCACUCCAUACCUACAACCUCUGAUAUCAGCGACAGUAGCGGGAUAAAGGCUAAAGAGCAGGAUACUGUCCAGAUCAUAGACACUUUGAACCGGUGUGUUGGCCUGCUGCCUGCAGACAAACUGCAGCAUGUCUGCAGCAUCGGGCUUUCAGGACAGAUGCACGGAGUGUUAUUCUGGAGAGCAAAGAGCGGUUGUGACUGGUCCAACGGAAACUUCUUCACAGCCAGCGACACCAGUCAUCUGAUCACCUGGCAGGAUGGACGCUGCACAAGUGGCUUCCUGUCCUCUCUGCCACAGCCAGACUCACACCUCAGCGUAGCAACUGGGUUUGGCUGUGCAACAAUCCUCUGGUACAUGAAACACAGGCCUGAAUUCCUUGAGGACUUCACAGCUGCAGGUACCAUCCAGGACUAUGUGGUGUCCAUGCUGUGUGGUUUGGGCGGGUGUGUGAUGACGCCUCAGAACGCAGCAAGCUGGGGCUUCUUCAACACGUCCUCCAACCAGUGGAAUACAGACAUUCUGAAAGGUGCCGGCUUCCCUUUGCGCCUGCUUCCUCAGUGUGUGCCGUCUGGCGGCUUGGCCGGAAAGACGUGCUCCGACUGGCACGGCAUCCCCGCUGGUACGCCAGUAGGUGGCGCCAUGGGAGACUUCCAGUGCUCCGUCUACUCCUGCAUGAGUGCGCGGACAGAUGCAGUUCUUAACAUCAGCACCUCGGCCCAGCUAACCUACGCCAUGCCAGCUGACUUCAAACCUCCACAUUCUCCUCAGCCUGCCUCCCCCAUCUCCUUCUUCCCGUACUUUGACUCAUUAUACCUGGCGGUGGCAGCGUCACUCAACGGAGGGAACGUGCUAGCCACUUUUGUGGAGAUGCUCACUUCCUGGAUGAAAGAGCUUGGUGUCACAGGCGCAGAGCUGAAUGAUUCGUGCCUAUAUGAGAAGCUGAUUGGUUGUGCUCUGAACCAGGAAACCAGCGACCUGAGAAUGAGUCCUACCGUCCUGGGAGAGAGACACAACCCUCUCUGCCUGGGUCAGGUGACCAACAUCUCUGCCUCCAAUCUGUCUCUGGGUCAUGUGACAAGAGCUCUGUGCCGCGGAGUCCUGGACAACAUCGCCUCCAUGAUGCCCUCUGAGUGUCUGAAGCAGGCGGGGGUCAGCAGGAUCGUAGGCAGUGGGAGCGCCCUCGCUCGCAAUGAGGUGCUUAGGCAGGAAGUGGAGAGGGUGUUUCCUCAGCCGGUGGUUUAUGGACAGAAUGCGGACUCUGCUGUCGGCGUGGCAAUGGUCCUCUGUGACCGACUUUGAAUCAGACUGAUAAUCCACAGGGGAACUCCUGUUUGUUUACAUGAUUAUAAUGGAGAAUUUGCACAUUUUAAUACAAUUUUCUGAAUUGCUUCUACGUAGCUUAUCAAACAGAAAAGUUUAGAAAAGCAAACUGAAAUACUGCAGCAUAUUUUGAUCAGUGAAACAGAAAGAAAAAAGCUGUUUUUGCCAGGAGAGAAUACACAAGGAAAGUCCUGUGUAUUCAAAACCAUACAGUAUGUUCAGUGAGGCUUUUAACAUUUUUAGGACCAAAAAAAACAAAGCUACUAAAUGUCUGACACACUGACUGCAGCUGCCUGCUGGAUGCAUUCAAAAAUGUGAUUACACUGUGAUUGAACAGCUAUUAAAUAGCAAUACAGCAGGCAUUUCUGGGUCUGUUUUGUUGCUUUUUUUAUAUUUUACCUGUGUAUUCAUUAACAUAACAUUGUGCAAAAGUGUUUUCAUCAAUUUAAAACAACAAUCAAAGUCAAUGCUCAAUCAUCAGAAAAAGUCUAAAUUUAAACCUGUCAUUACUGCUAUUGCUUAGCUAUACACCAACACAGUAACAGUUGAAUGCAACACUUUGAUUUUCCUUUCCUGGACGUUGCAGAAAGGUAUUUUUAUAAAAUGCAGAGUGGAUGGAAAUCAAAGUUCUGCUUUGAAGAUCACAGAUUUAUGAUCACAGAUUUAUGAUAACCACGCUGUCUUUCAGCAUGGCCAGUGAGAUGAGGUGUGACAAGUUACUAACAUGUUAGCAUUCAAGCAGAAAAUAGGCUAUCAAGGAAAUGCUUUUCCUCAGGUAUUAGUGUGUCAUUCUCUGUUCCCUCCAUCUGUCUCAUGGUUUUUAUGUCAUUGCUUACAUGGAGGUUAAAAUAUAGUUCCCUCGAGUCUGGCGUUUCCAGCGCGUCUAUCUCCUGUUACUUCUACAGUCUGGAGUUACUUAAGGGGUUGAAUUCAUAGACUAGUUGAGAUCUUCGUAUGUGUACCUUUGUAUCUGGUUGGUACACAAGUUCAACUUAGUCUGGCUCUAAGCAACAUUGGUGAUCCUGAAUGAGCAGCAUCAUAAAGCUGGUUAUCAACUGGCUCAGGUCAUUCUGGGUUCACCAGUCCAGUUAUGAAUGCGUUUAUAUUAAAGAUGCAGAAAUUAUAUUCACAGGUCAAUCACAUGCAGCAUCACCAGAACCAUGAUAGAAGUACUAAAUAUGAUUAUACUAGAUUAUUGGACUAUAAACACUACUGCAUACAAGAUAACAAGUAAACCAACUAGAAUAAGCAGCCAUAAGCCAUGUCAUUUAAAUUGUAUUGCUAUUUUCAACAUGUAAAGUGUAACACAUUAAGAGUAUGGAAAUGCUUUUUUUUUUAUGAUAUAGAAACUAUCAUGAACAUGCAUGUUAAAACAGAGGAAGUAAACUUUUUGCUGCCUCGACAGAAAGGAAAAGCACAAAUUGCAUGAGUUAAAAAAAGAAAGCCUUAAAGAAAGAACAGAAACUAAUGAGGUUUGUCUGACCAAAAUCUUCCAUCCAUUAACGCUGAGCUUUAGUGGGUAUUCAUUUCAUUUUCCAAAUGAUCUUCUCAUUGACUUCAAAAAUAUCAUAUUUAAAGUUGCCAUGUGUCAUCCUGAGCUGCAGUGAUGGUGAGUAUAAAAGUUAUUUAUACACUCAGGAAUCCUGAGGGGAAUUGAAAGAACUUAGUGCAAUUAAUGUGUGUCCGUAAUCAGCCUCCAUUAGUCUGUGGUAUCUGUUCGGCCUUAUGUCUUGUGACCUUUUUGUAUUGUCUUCAUCUUGUAACAUCUUGUGACAUCUUGUGACAUGCCAACACAUUUUUCUUAGAUGUAAAGUUAAAGGCCAGCCAUAGAUAAAGGGACAGAGGCUGUUUUAUCCUGAGUGACAAAUCAUUUAGAAGGUGGAGUUUUUAGAGAUAGGAAACUGUAAAUAUAGUCCUGUUAAAACUGGACCAUAGACUCUCUCAAGAUUGGAUUUUUGACACUGUUCUCUUUUGCAAUAAAAUCUUUUAAAAUAUACAAGUGAGAAGUGUCA